AUGUUUAGACGAACUCUGUUAUCUGCGUCGCUCCUUCUUGCCAGUUUCAUUGCGCCUGCAUUUGCCGGGUUCGGUGUCAAGGAGUCGGGCAACUCAUUUGUAGUUGAUACCGAUGGUGGGCUGGUAUUCACAGUCAACAAACAAAGUGGAGAUAUUACCUCCAUGCUCUACAAUGGCAUUCAGGCGCAAGAUCAAACUAAGUUUAGUCAUAUUGGAUCGGGCCUUGGGAAUGCACCAUGUUCAUGGACCAAGAUUGGCAAUUACAUCAAGAUUACUUGCACCACCAGUACUCUGACCCAAUACUAUGUUGCUCAGUAUAAAAACCCAGCCAUCCACAUGGCUACCUAUAUCACCGCCGAGCCUUCGGUUGGAGAGCUCCGAUUCAUUGCUCGUCUCAACAGAGCAAGUAUCCCUAAUGGAUAUGGAGCGGCGAAUAUUGCUGGAAGUUCGGGUGCUAUUGAAGGAAGUGAUGUUUUCACAGUGAGCGGUCAAACCCGCUCCAAAUUCUAUUCUUCGAAACAGUUCAUCGAUGAUCAAGUACAUGGGGUCACUGGACCAGGGAUCGGCGCCUACAUGAUUAUUCCAGGCACCGGCUAUGAAUCUUCCUCGGGUGGUCCAUUCUUCCGAGACAUCAAUAACCAAGGUGGAAGCAUCCAAGAACUGUACUAUUACAUGAACUCCGGGCACACACAAACCGAAGCAUACCGUAUGGGCUUGCACGGUCCGUACCUACUUCAGUUUACCACUGGAAGUACUCCUUCAGCAAAUAUCAAUUUGGCAUUCUGGGACGGCCUCGGAAUCAAAGGCUACGUGCCUGUAUCUGGUCGCGGAUAUGCCAAGGGCAAGGCUAGUGGUGUACCUUCUAACUUUGCUAGCUUGGUGGUUGUGGCUUGGAGUAACUCUGCUGCCCAGUAUUGCACUGGCAACUAUUACUCGCCAGCAAUGAAACCAGGAACAUAUACCAUGACAAUGUACAAGAGCGAGCUUGUUGUGGCUACUACCAUGGUUAACAUCGGGGCCGGUCAAACAAUAACGGCCAACAUAAAGUCCACAGAGGCAACCCCGGCUGUGAUAUGGCAACUUGGGGAAUUUGAUGGAACGCCUCGUGGUUUCUUAAACGCAGACAUGAUUGAGACCAUGCACCCUUCAGACAAACGUAUGCACGAAUGGCCUCGUACUAUUACCAUCGGCCAACAAGGCGAGGGCUACUUCCCAAUGGCUAUCUUCAAGGCUAUCGCUCCCGCUGUCAUCCGCUUUUCAGUAGACAGCUCGCAAACCGGAGCUCGCACCCUCCAAAUCGGUAUCACUCUGGCAUUCGCUGGUGGUCGUCCCCAAGUCACAAUCAAUAAUUGGACCGGACCCACGUACAGCCCGCCUGACCAGCCUAAUAGCCGUGGUGUGACUCGGGGUACUUGGCGUGGAAAUAAUAUCAUGUACACUAUCAACAUCCCUGCGGGAGUACUUGUGUCCACCGGCAGGAAUGUUCUGACAAUCACCGUAAUCUCCGGUUCUUCCGGAGACGCGUACUUAUCGCCCAACAUUGUCGUCGAUGCCAUCCGCCUCUAUUAA